GCUCCCAGGAUUGCAAGAGCCAAGAGAGAGAGAGGAAGAGAAAUUGGGUAGCUCUUCCAGGCUUGGUGCAAGGAAGGAAAAAAAGGGGGAUCCUGUUUAGUUGCAUUUCUUUGCAAAACAUUAAGGGGUUUGCACCGGGAGGGAAAAUGAACGUGGUCUUUGCAGUCAAGCAGUACAUCGCGAAGAUGAUCGAGGAAAGCGGAACAGGCAUGAAGGUGCUUCUGAUGGACAAAGAGACGACCAGUAUCGUGAGCAUGGUGUACACCCAGUCUGAGAUCCUGCAGAAGGAGGUGUACCUCUUUGAGCGCAUCGAUUCAGCCAAUCGGGAGAACAUGAAGCACCUGAAAGCCAUCUGCUUCUUGCGACCCACCAAGGAAAACGUGGACUACCUCAUCCAGGAGCUACGACGUCCGAAAUACAGCACCUAUUUUAUUUAUUUCAGCAACGUCAUCAGCAAGAGCAACGUCAAGUCUCUGGCCGAAGCCGACGAGCAGGAAGUUGUGGCAGAAGUCCAGGAAUUCUACGGAGACUACAUUGCCGUGAACCCGCAUGUGUUCUCUCUCAACAUCUCUGUCUGCUGUCAGGGCCACAGCUGGGACCAGGCUCAGCUCUCCAGGACCACCCAAGGCUUGACCGCUCUGCUCCUGUCCCUGAAGAAAUGCCCCAUGAUCCGCUACCAGCUCUCUUCUGAACCAGCCAAGAGGCUGGCAGAGUGCGUCAAGCAAGUGAUCACGAAAGAGUAUGAGCUUUUUGACUUCCGUCGCACCGAAGUCCCUCCGUUGCUGCUGCUCCUGGACCGCUCGGAUGACGCCAUCACUCCGCUCCUGAACCAGUGGACAUAUCAGGCAAUGGUCCAUGAGCUGCUUGGGAUUAACAACAACCGCAUCGAUCUCUCGCGAGUCCCAGGCAUAAGUAAGGACCUCCGGGAGGUGGUCUUGUCAGCUGAGAACGACGAGUUUUACGCCAAUAACAUGUACCUAAACUUUGCGGAAAUCGGAAGCAACAUCAAGAACCUGAUGGAAGACUUCCAGCGGAGGAAGCCUAAGGAGCAGCAGAAACUGGAAUCCAUCGCAGACAUGAAGGCCUUUGUGGAGAACUACCCUCAGUUCAAGAAGAUGUCCGGCACGGUUUCCAAGCACGUCACGGUGCUGGGGGAGCUAUCCCGGCUGGUGAGCGAGAGGAACUUGCUGGAGGCUUCGGAGGUGGAGCAGGAGCUCGCCUGCCAGAACGAUCACUCCAGCGCUUUGCAGAAUAUCCGCCGGCUCUUGCAGAACCCCAAAGUGAGCGAGCUGGAUGCCACCCGCCUGGUGAUGCUGUAUGCCCUUCACUACGAGAGACACAGCAGCAACAGCCUUCCAGGACUCAUGACAGAGCUGAGGAACCGAGGGGUCUCUGAGAAGCACCGGAAGCUGGUGUCGGCCGUCGUAGAAUAUGGAGGGAAGCGUGUUCGUGGGAGCGACCUCUUCAACUCCAAAGAUGCUGUCGCCAUCACCAAGCAGUUCCUGAAAGGACUAAAGGGCGUCGAGAAUGUCUACACCCAACACCAGCCGUUGCUGCACGAGACUCUUGACCAGCUGAUCAAGGGCAAACUAAAAGACAACCAGUACCCCUACCUUGGCCCCAGCACCCUCCGCGACAGGCCUCAAGACAUCAUUGUGUUCAUGAUUGGAGGAGCCACGUACGAGGAGGCGCUGACUGUUUACAACUUGAACCGCACAACCCCGGUCCGGAUUGUGCUGGGCGGUACCACCAUCCACAACACAAAAAGCUUCCUAGAAGAGGUCUCGGCUUCCGGUUUCCGCGGACGAGGCGCAGACAGCUCCCAGGGGCCGGCGAGGGCAGCGUCCAGGAGGCUGAACUGAUGGCCCCUUUUUCGUCAUUUCCGACUGACCGACCGUUCCAGGCUACUCAGCAUCUGUUGCCCGUUGACACCCACGAACUCACCCACCUGGCGUUUGAAACUUCAGGAAAGCACUUUAGCAGACAAUACUUCCCUGUUGCCGAAAAGUAUGGGGCAGGCACGCUCUCUCCUCACAGGACCAAACCAUGGGGUCCUUUCCCCCCAUCCCAAAAGGCUCGAUCGAGAUCUUAAGGAGAAAAGAAAGGACCGUCCCUCUUGUCACCUUCGUUCUCUUUCCAUCCCCCCAGCUCUCACAUUGCACGAGAGUUGUUUGCCUGUUUUCCAAACUCAUUUACCUCCCCCCCCCCCGCUGUGGCCCGGGAUAACCCACCCCCAGAGAAAAAUGGCCCCAAUAAAAGGAAGUUGCGAUUCUUCUAGCA